GAGACAGUGAAAGGGCGCAGGGAAGGCGUAACGGUCCAUGCCGUCGAGACGCAGGUACGUGCGGACCUCGCUUUCCUAGUACUUAAAGCCCCCGCCACCCACCCUUCUGUCUCCCUCUCCCCACAUUACCGCGAGACCGCAACAUCACCAUGACUUUGGGAACGUCGCCAUUGCUCCUGCUCCCACGGGAGUUGCGCGAUGAAGUCUACUUCUGCCUCUUCAAUGCCACCUGCCUGAGCUUCAGUUUGCGGCCAAUAAAACCCGAGAACGACCGCCAGCUGAAAGCACUCAAGCCUGCGGCGGAUUCCCUCGCGAUCCUGCAAACAUGCCGUCAAAUCCACGCAGAGGCUCGCAGCGCCUGGCUCGAUCGCGUUAACUUCAGCUUUGACUCGCCGGGAGCCUUCAUGAAGAAGCUAUCAACGCUCUCCGCUGAUUUCAUUGGCGGGAUGCGCCAUAUGCGGAUAUUUCUUCACUACGGAGAGUUCAAGAUGACCGAUGGCGUUCCGGCCAUAUACUUCUUACCCACGAUGUUCCGGCUGUUUCCGGCUUUGCGCCUUGAUGCCCUAACUGUCAUUCAUGCUUGCAUCUGUAAGGUUGUCUCAAUCAGGCUACUUGAGCUGUUCCUACGGAGCGGACAGGGUUGGCGCGAACUCCGUUUUCUCGCCCAUAGGUCAGCCCCGCUCCGUUACAUUAUCGAGGAGGAUGAGAACCCACACGACGUGGAAUUCACUGACUAUCCCCACUGGAAAUAUGCUUGCACCGGCAGUACCCUCAAGCGAGACGGGAAUCAGUCCGGCUCGUCCGUCCAAAUACUUCGGAGAGGAAUACCACGGUCGUACGGAGAGAUCGUCAAGCUCCUGGACGAAGAGACGGUCGAUCCGAACGAAUUGCAGAUACGCGCUCUAACGAUGCAACGGGAUCUGCCUCAGGAACCCCAGGAAGAUGUAGGCAGGGAGCAGCUAGUCAUCGUCAAGCGCGGUAGAAAUGCCAACAUCUCACCUGACACUGCCUACGAGCAGUUCCGUUGUGAAGCCCUAGGCAAUAUCGUGGCUUUCAAGAAUGAGCAGGGGUGGGAGCAAUUUUUCGAGCGCUGCUAUGAACCAUGCACUGAGUUCUUCGAGCGCGCGGAUGACGAUGACUUCGAUCGAUACGCCGAAAUCGACGAGUUCACCUGGCAACUUGAUGAUUCUCAUCAAAUACAAGUUCUGGUCGCGGAAGACGAGUAAGGAGAUAGAAACUGCGAGGAAAGGAUUGGGGCAUUAACAGGAUGAUUUUUUUUUAAAGAAAAUCGAGGACAUGCAUCUUGGAACGGAUGGUUAGG